CCAUGGAACCGCGAAAGGCAUGGAGACGCGCCGAUCCGAUGAAGCGGAACCCCUUGACCCUUCACGUUUCAUCUUUUCUCUCUUCUUCCCGUCGGUGAGCAAGUCGGUCAGCCUCGUUCAUCGAGACCAUCGACAUCCUUGAGAUCCUUGAGGUCCUUGAGAUCACGGAGACAAUAGCUGAGUCUUGACACCGUCAUGUCUUGGUCGCGAUGCCGCAACUCCACCGCCACUUGCUUCAACUGCGCCAGGCGACUCUGCUAAGACUCAUAGCCUUGACGGCGACCUUCUUCGUUGUCUGCACUGCCAUCUCAUUCCUGUAUCUUCACGACACCGGUGACGCCGUCCUUGACGCCGGCGUCAACCCAUCGGCCCCGACCGGCGAGUUCGUCAACAGCACCUGCUUCACCGACCUCGACGUCCUCCGAGCCUACACGAAUGCCUCCGCGGUGGAAUACGGGCGCUUAGAAGUCGCCGUCGUCUCGACUUCCAAUUUCUCCAAUUUCUCCGAGUCGCUCGACCUGUCGAUCCCAGCCUUCCAUCCCAUUCGCCUGGAUACCGAGACAACGCGCGAAGGCGUGCCCGAGGGAAAAUGCUCCACGUCCCUGACCAUCCCCGGCCCCGUCGUCAGUCCCCCCGUCAAUGCAUCGCAUCUGCUCUUCGGCGUCGCCACCUCCAUCGAACGACUGCACGACUCCCUGGACGCAUUUGCCCACUGGGCGGCGGGCACGGGCGCACACAUCCUCGCCGUGGUCGAUGAGGGAGGAUCCCUGCGCAUCCGGACGGAGGAGCGCGCCACGCUGCUGGGUCUACGUCUGACGAUUAUCGAAAAAUGGGACGAGGAGGUGCUGGACCGAUACUUCUCGCUGGUGCGAAUCUUCCUCGAACACCGCGAUGCGUCGACGCAAUGGGCGGUCCUGAUCGACGACGAUACCUUCUUCCCGUCCAUGUGCAAUCUGGUCGACCGGCUGGCGUCCUACGACUCCACGCGCCCGCAGUACAUCGGCGCGCUCUCGGAAGACAUGUGGCAUAUGUAUCUGGCCGGGCACAUCGCGUACGGCGGCGCCGGGGUCUUCCUGUCCCUGCCGAUCGUGGAGCGACUGGCCGAGGUCUUCGACGACUGCUAUCUCUUCAAGGGCGCGGGCGACGGCAUGAUCGGGCAGUGCAUCUACGCGCACACGGACACUAAACUCACCUGGGACCGCCAUCUCUACCAGCUGGACCUGCGCGGCGACGUGUCGGGGUUCUACGAAUCCGGGCGGCCCCUUCCCCUGUCCCUGCACCAUUGGAAGUCCUGGCACCACGCCAACGUGGCCGCGCUGGGCAAGGUCGCUGCCGUGUGCGGCGCCGAGUGUCUGCUGCGACGCUGGCGACUGGCGGACGGCUGGUAUCUGGUCAAUGGGUACUCGAUCAUUCAGUACUCGCGGCAAGUGCGCGAUCCGGCGGCGAUGGAGCAGACGUGGGACGAGAGCAAAUACGAAGGGUCGGAUCCUUUCGCAUACAGCCUGGGACCGCUACGGGGCCGGGACCCCGACAAGCAGUCCUUCCGACUGAAGGAGGCCAUUGCGGACGGCCCAGACCGAGUGCGACAAAUCUACUUGCACGAGCGAGGCGAGACCGACGCUCCUCGGGUCUUGGAGGUGGUCUGGAAGCGAGCGUCCUGAGCAGUCGGCAAUCCGUGCGCUGAAAUGAGAAACAAGCCGCGGUGUUUCAGGAGUUCAGGGCAUUUUCUGCAGGUCUUGGGAUCAUCCCGGGCCUCGUCAUUGUCUGGGUAUUUUUUUCCUAUUUUAUUUUUAUUGUCGGGAUAUCCUGCUCCACUGCGGGGCCUGAGGUAUCCAGGCAUCCCUCCGUUGGGCGCAGGAUUGAACUUCCAGGAAUGUUGUAUAGCCAUUAGCCAUUAGCCAAAGAAGAUCGAUAGAUGGCGUCGUGGAUCUCCGACGCAUUCCAUGUAGACAUCCGAAUUGCAGCCAGGCAGGAGGAAAGAGAAGCAGGGUCGAAGGAAACAGCACGAGAUCUGCUGUGGAUAGCAGGGGAAUGAAGGAAGAUUAAUUAAUUCGAGAACACCCACCGUGUCUCAGACCUGAUAGUCUGGGCAGAGCCGACAGAAAUACGAGUACUAUGAUGAGAAUAUAAUAUGACGAUAUUGACAGAUGUCAGUGCCAG